CUUUGAAAGAACCUGUAGGGUUUGAUUAGACGGAACCAAGCCUUCAUCCACAAGUUGUUGAAACAGAAGUGUCAAGAGCUGUUAGGAGUCAGCAUGAGUAGGCUUGGUGUUUAUUUAUACCAACCGCAUAAAGAGAAAGGAGAAAAUGGGAUCCAUUGCAGAACUCGGGUCAGGUUGCUGGAUGGAAGUAAUGGCAAGCAUGAUAUUGUUGAAGCAGUGCGGAAUGUCUGCAUAGAUGUACAGCAUUGCAAAUUUAAAGCUGACAGCAUUGAUGCAAGGAAAUUAGAAGAAUAUUUAAAUGCAACAGAAGGUUUGCCAGACCCUGGUCUACUACUUGCGAUAGGUCCAGUAUAUUCUACUUCCAACUAUCCCCCAUGGCAGAUUCGAUUAACAGAAAUUAUUUAUCUGAAGGCAACUCACAAACUUCGGUACUCCGAUUUUCUAAACAGUCUGCGUUCGUUUAGCAAGUGUGAACAGCGCUUUGGAAAAUGAUUGGUGCGUGUCAUCAUCUCUUUAAAGAACAACUGCAUAAUUAUAUGGUAUGUAUAGGUAUAAACACUAGUCUCAUCUGUCACCAGUUGUUAAAUUUUUGUAAAGAAUCACAAGGGUGUUGGCAGUUUCUGUUGUGAAAUCAUAGGUCCUAGUUUUCCAUUGAUAGGAGGAAUGUUGUUUUUCACAAGUUAUGUAAUUAUAACAUAUGUUGAGUUUUAAAGCAUGCUGUUGUAUUUAUGAGAUUUUGAGGUCAGGUGUUUAUUCAAAGACUGUGUGUCAGAAUUUCAAUACAACUCGUUAACACAUUCAAUAGCAUACAUUUAAUUGUGCUGCUGAUAUUCUGCUUGUUACAGUAAGGAUUUCAAUGUAUCAAACUGUGUUACAAUGUUUUAGUCAGAUCUAAAUUAGACAAUCAGAUCUAUAUAGCGGCUAGGUGCGAACGACUUUCAUCAUCAUUAAAAUAGUUACGUGAGCAAAGGUAAUGUUAAUUAGAAAAAAAAUACAUACAAUAGGGAAAAUCAUGUAAACAAAUGUAACCAGUAUCAAUUAUAACCACGUAGAAAAUAGAGAAUGUUGAGUGCAUUUUUUGUUGAAACACUGUUUAAGAGUGAAGCAGUAUAAACCUAUUGGAAUGAAUAGUCGUGCUAUGUGAUAGUGAUGACAAUGCUUAUUAAAAAUGUUAAGCAAUUCAUUGAAAUCUUAAAAACAUUUAGGUUUGAGUACCAAGAUAUAUACUAUCACAUCGACCGGCUACACAAUUAUGAAUAUUUGUAAGACAUUCCAGAAUAAAAAAUAAGUGAUAAAUAAA